GAGUCUGAGCUUCGUUGAAUCGUUUUUUCACGCGAUCUUAUUUCGUUAUGUUAUAAAGUGGGCAUUAAUUAAUAUUGGGAAUGUCGUAUAAAGUAUCGCGCGAUUGUUGUAUUCUAAUUAUCAGUGCGCGAUCGUGUUUUCGCGAGUGCUUUAGUGCAACAAGGAAGCUGCCAAGGAGACAUCAGGAAGGUAGAGGAGGCCUGGGAGACAUCAGGCAAUGGCGGGGGAGCAACUACAGCAUUGAACUUUGUGUUGCGAAAUCAACGAACGCGAGGCAGAUGUCCAAGAUGUUGCGAAUAGAAUUAGUGGGCCUUCUAUUGUUGGCCUGCACGCAAAUUCUUACGGAGCACCGCGAUCAUCGUGAAUCACGGGAUCAAUAUGGCUACCAUCAGCGGUUUCAUGACCUUCAGGAAAGAAUAACGAGGGAAGUUCGGGUCAAAGAAGGCCGAUUACGUGGCAUGGUGAUACAACCCAGAACUAAUUACAAUUUGCAGCUGGUUGACGUCUUUCUUGGAGUCCCUUACGCGGAGCCUCCCGUGGGAUCCUUCAGAUUUUCUCCGCCACGCUCACCACAACCGUGGAGAGGAGUGAGACAGUCGCAGGAAUUCGCUCCAGUUUGCCCGCAAGUCUUGCCAAAUCUUCGAGAGGAAGUAAAGCCAGGCAGGUACGAGUACCUGGAGAGACACUUGCCGUACUUGAGGAACCAGAGCGAGGACUGUCUGUAUCUCAACAUCUAUGCUCCUCAUCAGGCUGAAGGUCAGAAAAAUCUGAGAAAGUAUCCGGUUAUGAUGUUCAUCCACGGUGAAAGCUUUGAGUGGAACAGUGGUAAUCCUUAUGAUGGCACUAUAUUGGCGGCUUACGGCAACAUUGUUUUUGUUACAAUUAAUUUUCGACUUGGUAUCCUAGGUUUCCUGAGACCUGGAAUUAGAGACGAUACAGCAAGCAAUUUUGGACUGUUAGAUCAAAUAGCGGCAUUACUUUGGCUAAGGGAAAACAUUGCGGAGUUUGGCGGCGACCCUAAUAGCGUUACUUUGGUCGGCCACGGAACUGGAGCUAUCUUUGCUAAUCUACUUCUAAUCAGUCCAGUUGCCAACAAAAAAGGAUUGUUCAAACGGGCUAUUCUGAUGUCAGGGUCGGCAAUGAGCGCGGACGCCAUCGGCAAGGCGCCAUUGCAAAUUACCAAGCAGGUGGCGCACGCUCUCAACUGUCCCACCACCAGCGACAGCGAACUGGCGCUCUGCUUGCGCAACCAGGACGUAGACAGGCUGCUACACGUGAAAAUCCACAAGCCGAAAUACGUGCCGGCCUACGCGCCGUUGAUCGACCGGGCCGUCAUCCCUGACAAGCCGCUCAAUUUAAUGGAGAACGCCCAGCUCUUCGGCAGAUUUGAUCUGAUGUACGGUGUAACAGAAUCCGAGAAAUUCCACAUCCUGCCACCAGUUGCUUUGUUACACGGCGUGCUUGAUGGACAACGGGAUGAAAUUCUGCGAGACCAUGCCAAAGCGACGCACGAACUGGAGCCAGAGUUGAUCCUGUCGAAAGUGCUGGAACAAUAUGGCGACUUCUCGAAUGGAUUCACGAAAGAGUACGCCACGAAGAAUCGAGACAUGGUGCUGGAGGCACUCUCCGAUAGCGGCACCGUGGCGCCGUUAAUAAUGACUGCCAAUUUGCAUUCAAGGGCGUACCCGAAGAGCUACAUGUACGUCUUCUCGCAUCCGAAAGCUAUGCAAGACUACUCUGGCCAACACCGUCAACAUACAGUGCAUGGAGAAGAGUUGCCCUACAUACUGGGUGUCCCAUUAGACAACAGCAAGUAUAACUUACGAAGUCGAUAUGACAUCAGAGAAUCGUUGUUUUCAGAAGCUAUCAUGAAUUGGUGGUGCAGCUUUGCCUACAUCGGGAAUCCGAACGUCGCAAAACGAUAUCCCUACCUGACUAACGUGUUCAAGGAAUGGGGUCAAUACGAUAUCGAGUGGCCAGAAUAUGAUCCUGUCAAUCAAACGUAUUUCAAUCUAACCAUACCGCCUAACAUAGGUGCGCACUAUCGUUCGACGGAGAUGCAGUUCUGGAAUGAGGACCUGCCCAAUCUGCUCAGGCACCCGAAUAAAGAUAUUUCGGGCCCGACACGACCGAGAGGACCGCGACCACAGAUUCUUGACUUUGCCGAUGGGAUUGGCAAAUAUGCCAACAAUACUGCCAACCGGAAGUACGAAAGCUACGAUACUAGGUAUACAUCUCCGUCUAGCAUCACGGAUUCUAGUACGGAGAAGACGCCAUUUUCAACUUUGGUUACAACGGACGGGAGCGAGAGUUCGACAAUAGAGCCGAGCACGUUAAAGACCUCGUCGGCUAUGAUGAUGGUGAUUGUUUUCUUCGUAGUGUUUAUACUGAUAAACUUCACAGCCUUUCUACUCAUCUAUUAUAAGAAGCAGACUAUGAAGGGAAAGGAGAAAUCGUUGAAGAGACGAGGCAGCGAGAAGAAAAACGACUCUGUCAAGAGGUCGAAGACUGAUAAACACGAGAACCAUUACGGGCAGAUAGGCUACAAAAGCGACAGCAAGCCAGAUUUGAACGAUGUGAUAAAGAACGACAAGGCAUACGACAACAACUCCAACUUUGGACGCAGAUCGAAACUAUCCAGGCAGAAUUCCAGCUCCACCAUUGACACUCAUAUCAAGGUUAGAGAAUGGAUUCAGCAGGAAAUUGUGCACAGAUGUUCGCCGAGGUUUUUACGUAAAACGCGGGAAACGUUACAGAAAGAGCAUCAGGAGAAACUGACUAAGCAGCAGGAGGAAGAGAAGCAACGUUUAGAGGAAGAAGUGUUGAAGGAGAGGAAAGACGAACCGAUUUACGACGAGAGCCCGGCGUUGGUUGUGCGCCCUGGAAAAAAAUUGAAAUUGCCCAAAAUUUCUGUGGCUAUUGACGCUACGCCAGCGACCAGAACGGAAUCGAUUUUGAAUCAAGUGCCGAUCGAGUUAACAAAGAGUAUCGAAUUAGCUAAUGAACCAAGUCCACAGCAGCUGAUGACUCCUGAAGUGGUCGUCAUAGAGCAUCAUCAUUCUAGGAGCGAUCCUUUGCCGAUGGAGAACGUUUUAAAGACAAUGAAACCGAAUUUCUCCACUCCCAGGAUCUACGAGUCGGAUUCCGGAAGCGCGAGCAGUCUCUACGCCAAGAUCAACCCUAAACUGAAGUCUCGUUUGCCUCGUCCUGGUCCGGGGACAAAUAUCGAAGUGCCCUUACCUGAACAAUCGAAAUACGACGAUCCUCACGACGAAGAGAUCUACAUAAAAACUGGACCAGUCUUAACGACUUUUGGUACAAGCGACGUGAAUGUCACGUGUCGGGAACCGACUAUGGAAAGAGAAUGCAUCAGUCCUGAGGAGGCCUUGAAGACAAUAAAACGUCGAAAUUAUCCCAAAGUACUGCCAGAUAUCGAGAAGAGACGAUCACUUCCGGCGCCCAGUAGUCUCUUUGUACCGAAACAGUACGCAAAUUCGUUACAAGACUAUAAGAGUGGUAAUCGCGUGAACUUAUUUUCGAAUCUACCACCGUUACCACCUCCGAGAAUAUUUGGAGCCUCCAAAAGCCUAGAAAAAAAUGAUUUCUUCGCAGAAGAAAACGAAAGUCAAGUCGAAGGUGAGCCGAUGACAACAAAUCUGCAUGUGGGUCCGUUACUAAAAAGGCCAGACACCGGCAGAAAUAACUCCGAUCCUAACAUUAUCGAUUCUUUGGAAGGAAAUAGAAACGUCCAGGCUAGCGGAAGUGUGGAUGCUAUUUACGCUAACCCAAAGUGCCCGCUUCACGGGAGUCAAUAUCCCUUUUCACCGACCUCGCAGAGUGUUGAUGGCGAUCUCGGCAAGUCUUCCGGGCUUUUGGACGUGGGCAACCCGAAUUGGUACAAACCAUGCGAAUCGUCAGGCAUAAUGACGUCGACCACAUCGGAACCGCAAAUCGUGAUCAGCAAGGACGAGAGAAAUGCUGUUGGCGCUGUGUUGCCCACGGUAGAACCAAAGAUUGUGAUCACGCCAAGAGUAGUUAAUCAAUGUCCAGUCAAUCGACAACCAAGUCCAAUAGCGCGUUCUAAGGAUAAGAUCGAGCACGAACUAAAGACAAUUGAUUCAGCGCGAAACGGAGGAUCAUUGGAAAGUUCGAAUAUUUCUGGUGGUCCGAUGAUUUCGAGAGAGACGGAAAAGAGGGAGCCACGAAUAAUCAUCACGGCACGGGAACCGAAGAAUUGUGCCCCGGUGGGUAGUCUAAAACAACCGAAGAUCAUCAUAAAGCCAACAGCGACUCUACCGAGGAACAGGGAUCAGAGGAAUAUACCGAAGGUGUCAGCCAUACCGUCGCCAGAACAGCAGAAUUGUCAGAACAGCGAGCGAGAUAGGGCUCUGGAACAAAGGGAAAAGCCGUCCCUGAGGGAGAAGCCAAAGGUUACGAGGAUUCCGUCGUUUUCACGCAGGAGGGAAGAGCCUGGUAUUGAAAAGCCGUCGUACAUAGAGAAGACAGAAAUCGCGCCGACAGUAGUGGAGGCGCCUGCCAGUAAAAUCACUAACGCGCCAUCGACAUUCGACGCCAAGUCAGGCAUACCGACGCCAACGACAACGAUGAUGCCGAAGAGCGAGAAGACCUCCAGCACGGACUCGUCGUCCGCCAGCAACGGGAAUUCCAGUAAUUCGAAUACCGGUACGAUCAAACGGAAGCCAGCGAACAAGAAAUAAUUGGCGGGAGCCAAUUCGAGAGCCACGUGUUAUAUCCCGUUCUAUUUCGCAAACGCGUAGAUGGAAUGCAGAUGGGUCUCUACCAUUCCGACCAAGUGUCGAUGCAGUCCUGUUGGCGCCCAACUCUCUUCUACGAAACAUUCGCAAGUGUGCGUGCAUAUUUGCAUAUAAUGAAAUUAACA